AUGGCAGUCCAACCCACCAAGUUUGCCGUGACUGUGCGGCAAUCGCGCAACUGGGCCGAUGCGAAGCAACGAGUGAUUGCGGCAUAUCGUGCCUGGAUCCGGGCGGCUCCGGAGAUCCAAACUAUGUACUCGAUCCCGUUCCCUGUCUCGCACAUCCGGACCCGUAUCAGGCAAGAGUUCGAGCGGCACCGCUAUGUCAACAAGCUAAACGUCGUGGAUGUCCUUCUCCAGCAGAGCAACGCCGACUUCCAAGAAACUAUGAACUUCUGGCGUCAGCAAAGCCACGUUAUGGCAUUCUUCAAGGAGGAGCACUUCAGAGGCGAAAAGAGGCUGCCGUCCAACUUCAUCACUGGCUUUCUGGAGGGACGCAACUAA